UGGAGCGUGAGGAAGGCAGAAGGAGGAGUGUUUUAAGGCUCCAGGAGAGGACCAGAAGAACAACUGUUCAAUGAGAGAAGUUUCUGAAAACAAGAAGUGCGAAUCGGACCAUAAUGGCUUUGCUGUGUUAUAACCGAGGCUGUGGUGAAAGGUUUGAUGAGGAUAAGAACUCUGAUGAUGCCUGUUGUUUUCACUCUGGAGUGCCGAUCUUCCACGAUGCCUUGAAGGGCUGGUCCUGCUGUAAGAAGAGAACAACAGAUUUCUCCGAGUUUCUCUCAAUCAAGGGUUGUUCCCAUGGCCGCCACAGUAAUGUGAAGCCUGAAGCGCCUCUGAAGCCAGAGUUCAGGUCUGAUAAAGGAGAGCAGAAGCUCCAUAGCAGCAAGGAGAUCAUCUACCAGGGCCCCAAAUCUGCUGAGGCUCUGGAGAAAGAGAGACCCAGCUCUGAUGAGCCCAAGUCCAAGCUGAAAGUCAAGGUGUCUCCAUCUCUGGCUCAGAUCCUGGAAAAAAUGGAGCUCAGUGAGCGGGAGAAGCAGGAGAAGAUCGAGAGCCAAGGUAUCAUUAUGGGGACUAAGUGCAAAAACGCAGGAUGCAAAACAUUGUACCAGGGUCCAGAGACAAAUGCCACGGUUUGCAUACAUCACCCUGGAGCACCAGUCUUUCAUGAAGGGUACAAAUACUGGAGCUGCUGCUGCAUCAAGACCAUCGACUUUAACGCUUUCCUGGAUCAAAAGGGCUGUACUACAGGCAAACACUGCUGGGUCCAAAAACAGGAUAAGAAGAAAGUGGCAUGUCGAUAUGACUGGCACCAGACGGGCAACCAGGUGGUGGUCACCAUCUAUGCCAAGAACUCCAACCCUGAGCAUUCCUAUGUGGAGGCCAACCGCACAGUGCUGACGUGUCAUAUUCAGUUUGAGAAAGAUAAAGAGUUUCACAAGGACUUCUAUCUGUGGGGGGUAGUUGAUGUGAAGAGCAGUUUUGUGAACAUGGUGCCUUCUAAAGUAGAAGUGACCUUAAAGAAGGCCGAUGCUGUAGCUUGGGGUAAACUGGAGGACCCCAAACACAAACCCGGACCUGAGGUCACAGACGAGGACAUCACCACAGAGCACGAGACGAAAGCAGAUGAAAAACCAGAUUGGUACAUCUCAGAUGAUGACAUCAGUGAGUCAGACUGGGAGGAUGAAGACGAAGAUGAUGGUGAUGAGAAAGAAGAGCAGGAUGUUGAUGGUCCCCCGUUGCUGGAGGAACCCAAACCUGUACCUCCAAAGAAUUAGAGGCCAGUUAAUAUUGACACAGGUAUUGUUUUUAUACAGCGUGACAGUAGGGGUCGGAUGGGCAUGAUGGUGUAUUGUGAUAAGUUAGUUGGAAUUAGUUAUACUGUUCUCAUUGUGAUAUAGUGGUAAUUAUUUAAACGUUAUACUC